GCGCGAACUCCAAAGUGUCUGAUUACCGAAGCUCAAAUGGAAUCACCUGCAAUAUUGGAGUAAUGUGAAGAUUUCCUGUUCAGAUCAAAGGAAAUUUGACUAACCCGUUGACUAUGCGACGCAGCCCAAGGAGACCCCUGAUCCUCAGGAGGAGGAAGUUACCUUUUCAGCAGAAUGACGGCCCACCAACUAAAUCUCAAAGCCAGUCUGCUGCGUCUGGCGCUAAGGAAAUUUCCAACUUGGCAUCAACUAGUCAGUGCUUCCCCGACGGGGUUCGUAUCAUGAAUCACCCCUCCAUGUCUGACACUCAGGUAGUGGUCAUUCCCAAAGAAGCUGACCUCCAAACUGUCAUUGAGGCCCUCUCUGCCAAAGGCAAAGAGAGCGGCACUCAGGGGCCGAAUAAAUUCAUUCUUCUGAGUGAGAAUAGCAGCAACAGUAGACAGCACACAGAUCAAAUGGAGGACAAUGUCUCCCAAAACUGUACAGAUGGACCAGCAGAGAGAAUGGAAACUUUGCUCACCAUCGUGAAAAAAGAAGAGGACUGGAACCAAUCAGACGACAUCCUCCCCAGUAAUCAGCAGCUGGGCGAAAUCCACACACCGCCCUUCAAAGAGGAACCCAGUGAGGACAAAGAGAAUGAAAAUCAGGACUCAGACGUUUUACAGGCACAUAAUAUGAGGACGCAGGCGGUACUUGACCAAGUUGAGCCUGAGUCUGAGAGGCCUCCGUACUCUUACAUGGCCAUUAUCCAGUUUGCCAUCAACAGCAAGGAGGACAGGAGGAUGACUCUGAAAGAGAUUUACACCUGGAUCGAGGAUCACUUCCCGUACUUCAGGAAGGUGGCCAAACCUGGGUGGAAGAAUUCCAUCCGUCAUAACCUCUCCUUACACGACAUGUUCUCCCGCGAGACUUCAGCAAAUGGAAAGGUUUCUUUCUGGACCAUCCGGCCUGAGGUGAACCGAUGUCUGACUCUAGAUCAGGUCUAUACGACUGGUUCUGAUCCAAGGACUGCUCCUGUCCCAGUGUCAGUGCUUUCAUAUCCAAACCAGCUACACAGGGGGGUGGUGCCUGAUGUCAGAAAGACCACAACUGUCCCCGAGAGAAGAAUGAAACCUCUUCUCCCUCGAACUGAUUCCUACCUGGUGCCCAUUCAGCUCCCCAUCAGCUCACCUAUCUACCUGUCUCCAUCGUCAGCCCCUCACACCCCUUGCGCCUCACAGCCGAAACGGAACGUUGUGCGAUCAGCCAAGAAAGUUCGGAUUGCUCCUAAGGUCACAAAAAGCGACAAUCUUGACUUUAGGAGGGAGCCGGCGAGUGCUCCAGUCAUUGGUGUGUGCCCUAAAGCCUUUCCAAAGACACAAGCCAGCAGGUCACGGCGCAAACAGCAACUGGUCCACUCUCAACACGAGGAGCCCGUCCUCCUCUGUCCUGACAGCACCCUCUUCGACUCCGGUGUCGCUUCUGACGCCUCUAUUUCACACAGCAUGCAAGAUACAGAGGAGGACGAGCAGCGUUUUCCGCAGCAAAGCAUCGAUCAGGAAUUCUCCUUUAAGACCCCCAUAAAAGCCAGCAGCCAACUGAUUUCUUCCACGCCCAGCAAACCCCCUUCUACCGUCGUACCCGAGCCCUGGAAAGUGACACCAGUGGGCAAAGGAAGCCAAAACAUUCUGGAUUUUAGCCCUAUCCGUACACCAGGGGGCCCCGCCGUCACCCCACGGCAUGAAUACAACACAUUCAGCUUCAACGGCACUCCCUUCAAAGACUGGCCCCUCUUCAACUCCCCCAGAGAGAUUUUACCACCUGGUCCCUCCAGAACCACAGGUCCAGGGGACCCAUCCGUCGAAGACCUUCAUAGCACUUGUCUAGGAACGCUACCUCUCAUAGAAGGAACCUCACCGACAAACCACUCGUUCACUGAGGGCCUGGUCCUGAACACGAUGAACGACAGCCUGAGCAAGAUUCUCGUGGACAUCAGCUUCUCAGGGUUGGAGGAUGAGGAGCUGGGCGUAGCAAACAUCAGCUGGUCUGAGAUCAUCCCUCAGUUUAUGUAACGGGCAGAACAAAGGUCCAGAGGACUGUGGGGUGUUUUUUUUUUAAACACUAUGAGCAGUAAAGGACGCACAGAAACACAAAGCAGGUGCAAAUGUAAGAAUUUCACAAACUAAUGGCUCCAUCAAUAUUUUUACAAAAGCUAAAGGAAAGGCAUGCAAAUAUCGCCAGUACAGGACACAUUAAGUUAAAUGUUAUUUCAUACUGUAGCACAUUGGUCUUACACAGGCACAGAAAGAUUAAUGGAUCUCAAGGAACACCAUAGUGGAAGAUCGUAAUAUCUGCACACCGCAUCUGGAGAUUUCCACCUUAAGAGUUGUACUUGUUCAGACAAAAAAAAGUCCUCCUAAUCUUAAAUACUUUCCCAAAGCACUGCGAAUUCAUAAUGAACAUUUUAUUUAGACCACCCAGGGGCGAUCUUUACACACAAAGCUUUGCAGAUUUACCUAAAAUGUCUUACAAUGAUUACAAAAGUUUUUUACUAUUUUACUAUUCCUGUUGAAAUAUUUGAUGAUUACUAAGCUAGCAGGUACUCUUAUGCUGGCAGAGUGGUAUUUAUAGUUGUCAUGGAACACCAGGGUUAAAUAUUGUAAUCUUAGAUUCUGUAGAAAUCUAAAUCUAAAACAUUGGCAGCUUUGCCAAUGUUUACACGUCAUACUUGUCAUCUGCUGUAGAUCUUACUUGCUCAGAGCAAAACAUGAUAGCAUGCCAGAAUCGCUCACUAGUUUUCCUGUCAUCCAAAAAUUGGGUGACUCGCUUUCCAAAAAAAGUCUAACCCCUACAAUGAAAACUGACUACAUCUACUGGACGUAAAUGUCUGCUUUUGUUGCUUGUUCUAAGAUUUGCGUAGGAAAAAAAAGUCGAAAUCGCUACGUAUUGCAUCUGCUUCGUUUGCUUCAAACCACCCUAGCUGCUGUUAGAGAUUAGAAAAUAGUUUUAUAGGUUUUUUGUUUGAGUUUUUUUUUUUUUUUUACCAAGCACACUUUAAUUGUAAUGACCUGGUUGGAAAAGCUUCCUGUACUUCCUGCCUCACUCGUCUUCUCCUAGUAUUUAUGCCAUAGAUUUUUAGUGCGGGUUGGAAAUGAUUUCCGAUGUCAUUUUAAAGCUUCCUACCAGUCGUGUCAGUAGGUUUGAAGGAACUGACUCUGUUGGGGAGAAAUGUGUUUAAAUGUUUAUGUAUGUUGAUUUGCACAAUUUAAUAUAUAUAUAUUUGUUUAGCUUUUACCAGUGUUGACGUGCUGUGUUCCAGAUUUGUGGGUCGGUCAGCUGUUAGAUUUGAAUGUAGGAUUGUUAGCAAUAAGAUAAAAAAAAAGUAGUGGUUAACCAACACCAAACUACAAGUACAACCAGCGACAGGACUGUUUGUGUAGAUUUAUUUUUGAACUUCGUGUUUCGUCUCUGACUCUCGCGGUCGUGCUCUUUAGUCAGAUCCAUCUUCAGAGCACUUUUUAACAGUAGGAGAGUUUUUUUUUGUUGAUUGUACAUUUAUGAAUUUUAUCAAACAGCCUUGAAAACAGCUUUGCUCUUGUUUGAAUGACUUUACAAUAAAACUGUCAUCAUUUGACUUCAAACG